UUUAGUACAGCUACUCUAAAAGUAGCGCAUUAUUAUAGAGGGCGGUCGAUAAAGUCAUGAAUCCACACUAUCUGUCUGGAACAGUACGAACGGGUAAAAAAAAAAUUGUUAUUUACGAUGUUGCAAUAAAUCUGGUUCUCGUCACAAGAGCCAUCACUGAGGAGAAAAAAUUUGAAUAAUUAUCCUUUGUGUUCACAUUUUAUUUGACACAAGGCAACCUAUCAACAGAAAAAAAAUGGAAACAACCGAUUCUGAACAAAUCUCAACAUCAGAAAAUAAUUCGACAAAGAUGGAGACGUGCGAGAAUGUUGAUUCAGAAAAGAAAAAUGAAGGGGCCGGAGACACAGAUUCAUUAAAUACCCAAGAUAGUUUGGCAGAAACUAUGAAAACAGAAUCGCAGUGUGUACCGGAGGACCAGAAGACGGAAAACGGUUCCAGUCAAACAUCAGAAACUGUUACCUUUAAGCUUGUGUACAUGAAGAAAAAUUAUGACAUUACUUAUGAACUUGAUUCAAAGAUAUCGCAGUUGAAAACAAAAAUACAAACACUAACAGAGGUUCCACCAGCUAUGCAAAAGUUAAUGUACAAAGGUUUGGUGAAAGACGAUCAGACAUUACGGGAGGCAAAGGUCACGAACGGUGCUAAGAUGAUGAUGAUUGGUUCCACACUGAAGGACGUACUGACAGUAAACACCACGCCAAGUGCAUCAGCUGUUGCUAGUAAAGUAGACACAGCUCCUUCGAAAGAGCCUUUAAGUCGACAGAAACUACACAAGAAAGUCUUGGAUAAAGGCAAGCCUGAAGAUAUCAUGCCUGGUAUUAAGAAUAAAAAGGAGUCAUUGCCUACUUUCCCUAUCUCAGGAAUGUACAACAAGGCUGGUGGGAAAGUAAGGCUAACUUUCAAACUUGAAGUUGACCAAUUAUGGAUAGGAACAAAAGAGCGAACAGAAAAGUUAAAAAUGGAGUCAGUUAAGAAGGUUAUAAGUGAACCAAUUGAAGGCCAUGAGGAGUAUCACAUUAUGGCCCUCCAGCUCGGCCCAACAGAAGCCUCGAGAUAUUGGAUAUAUUGGGUGCCAGCACAGUAUGUAGAUUCCAUUAAAGAUGCAGUCCUAGGAAAAUGGCAGUCUUUCUUCUGACAAAAGCUUGUUGUUAACAAGUUGCAUAAUGCAGCAGUACUUGCUCACUACAUUACAAAGGCCAUCAAAGACAAAUAGAACUACUUACACGUAUGCACAACAGUUUGUAUAUGUACAUAGAAUUUCAUUCGUUCUACCGGUAUGUGAAAAACUUGUUGGGUUAAACCUCGAUAGGAUGGAAAUAUUCAUAAAAAUCAAAGUUUUGGUGUAAUCCAAAAAUGAUUCUACUUCAGUCAUAGGAUUUCCACUAUGUGACUUGGUAUUGUCAGUAUGACCGUAGUGGCUAUUGAAUAUGACUGGUUGUACAACAUGAUAUACCCACAAUACUGUGCAGUUUUCAUAUGUACAGAGGAAUUUAAAUUCUAGGGCUCUAUUAUGUGUAUCCAGCCAAAUGGGUGACAAUUCUCUAUUAGCAACUGACAAAUACGCAUGGGCGGAAUUAUUAUAAGUAGUGUACAGUAUAUAAAACCGUGAAUUUGGAUGUUCAAAGCAUAUGCAGGUGCUUUUUAUAUUGAAGUAACUCUACAGAUUUUUUUCAGGCUCACUCACUUGCUCGCUUGCAAAACAUGCCAGUACAGCAGGGCUACGUGUAAAAGCCUUAAGCUACUUUCACUCCACAGCCAGGAUCUGGUCCGGUGCCUUUACAAAAAAUCCUGAAAAUUGGUUCCGUGGUAAAGAAUAGGACCGUUCAAAUCAAAUUCGUACGAUUUCUAAUCCGGACAUCUGAUCAUGAGUGAUGGAUGUGAGAGCCACUUGUAUCGUGAAAUCGUACAUUUUUUUUUUUGUUAGA